CUCCCCGGCUGCACAAAGCGUUAUUCCCGCUUGGAGAACCUGAAAACCCACCUGCGUUCACACACUGGUGAGAAGCCCUACCAAUGCGAGAUACCCGGCUGCAAGAAGGCGUUCAGCAAUGCCUCGGACCGAGCUAAGCACCAGAAUCGAACGCAUAGCAACGAGAAACCAUACGUUUGCAAGGUGGAUGGCUGCUCAAAGCGAUACACCGAUCCGAGCUCCCUUAGGAAACACGUGAAGACGGUUCAUGGGGCAGAAAUACCUUGGCCUGAUACCAACUGGGAGUUCGAAUCUGCUUCAGCUGCUGAAAUAGAUGUUACGAACCGCCUUUUAUCAGUUAACCGAGCUAGGCAUAACACACAGACCUCUCGCGGUCACCGUGCUAGCAACGGUUCAGGCUUGCCUCCAGUUCUGGCCAGUUUGACAUCGGAGGCAGAAGAGUCAGUCUACUUAUAA